AGGACCGGCUUCUCAGCAACAAUAUCAAGGGCAACAAACACAAAAAUGUCAGCGUCUUUGGCACCUGAGUGCAAUGAAGUUAAGGAGCGCUACGAUACCUGCUUUCUGAAGUGGUAUAGUGAAAAAUAUUUACGUGGAAACGGCGCCACAGAUGAAUGCGCUGGGCUUUUUAAAGAGUACAAGGCGUGCCUGACGGGUGCACUGAAGAGCCGCGGCAUUGACAAGAUGCUCGCCGAUGCUCGAGAGGAUCACAAGGAGAAUGACGCUUCAAAUCUUCGGAGGAAGUAGAAAGACUUGAGUUAAUCAUGGGAACCCUGUGCUUGCAGGUCAUGCCCUUGUGGUUUCGGCGUUCAGCGCUAUAUACUGUACUAUUAUAUUUGCAACUCUUCCUGGCAUAGUCGAGCAGAAUAUUUAGACGGCGUCAAGGAGAUCUCGCCCAUCAUAUCGAAUUUACAAAACCUCCUAUUCAGAUCAAGGGACUGUGCUUAAGUUUGUAUUUCAAGGGAUGGCUGCUCCUUGCAGAUAGAAUAAUUUAACUGUUAUAACCCGUGCAGAUAAGAUAAUAG